AUGAAGAAAGACGGUCCAAAUAUAUCAAAAGUGGCUUCAGAUUUAAUUCUAGCAUAUAAAUAAUUGAUAUCUUAAUAAACAGAAAUAGUGAUAUCUCCUAGAUAUGAGAAAACAGCAUUAUAUUUUCCAUAAUCACGUAAAUUACUUAAUUUAAUCCUCUCAGCUAUUGAAGAAUAAAUUGAAGAAGAAAAUUAACUUGAUAGUCCUAGAAAAAUUAUUAUUGAAAAUGAAGAUGAUUAUUUAAUAGAAAUUAGUGAAUUAAGAAAAAUUGUAGAAUAAAGUAAAAUUUUUAGAAUAAUUAAGUGAGAAUGAAGUAUAUGAACAUACCCGAAAAGUAUUUAUCAUAACCCUUUAAAUCCACUAAUCAAAAUUAAACUUCGAAACCACUCAAUAAAAAUACUAAAAAACAUAUAGUAAUUACUAAAUACUAGACAGAUUUUUUAAGGCAAUAGUAUGGAAAAAUAUAAUGA